AUGAGGCAAUAUUGUGUGAUUACUUCGGAUAAAGAAGAUUUUAUUGUGAUUGAAAAAAGCAAACUUUAUUAUGCUGACGAGAAAAGAAAAAGACUUAUGCCUGUUACCAGUGAUGAUGAUAUUGAAAAGUACAAUGGUUCUUUGCUCCUGAAACAUGGUGAAUCCAUUAAGCAUAGCAUGGAAAUAAUUGACAGUGAUGAUGACAUAACAGAAUUAAAAAACCGAAAUUCUGGCAAAGAUAAACGGAUUCGGGUUUUUAAAUCUGCAUUCAGUCCCGGAAGCAACUCAAAAAAUUCAAAGAAAACUGCUACAGAAGGUGAAAAAAAUUUCGUAAAGAAUCCAAUCGCACGCAAUUCUCGGUCUAAAAAAACUGGACCUAAAAAUUCUAGAACUGGCAAAACCGUUUCUCAUAAUUCAGGGGAUUAUUAUCGCUCUUUACUAUUGCAGCAACAAAAAGACAAUCAUGAAAAGGAUCCCCUAUUAUCAGAACCUGAGAUGAAUGAAUCAGAUGAUGAAGAAACGGAGGAUAGUGGCAGAAAUGAUGAUAAUCAAAUAGAAAAUCCUGAUCCUGAAGAUGAAGGCUUCGAAGUUUACGAUUCUGAAGGAGACGAUCUUGAACACACGGAGACCACGCCUCAAAGAUCUCUAUCAGAUAUUACCAACACGAUGAAUUCAGAAAGAUCAAGAAGCAAAAAAAGUAAAGUUAUCAGGCGAGAGCAAUCAAAAAACCUCCGUUCCUUAACAUGGCGCCGACAAGUGGACAAUAAUUUUAAAGCAAUUAACAAAAAUUUACAAAAGCUGUCGCGAAAUAAUAAUUUAGGGAGCCACCGUCAAUCUUCAGAAAAACCAGUUAACAGUACAUCUGAAAUUCCAGAGUUGGUAGAAAAAGUCACUGUUGAGGAUGACGUAGAA